UGACGUUCGCUCUGCGGAGAGGCAAGAUGGCUACAUCGGCUUGGCUGCGUGGCCCGUCUGCUCUGCGCCUGACGGAGGCUUUGGUGUCGGUUCUGAAAGAGCAGCGUCCGGAGUAUUUACCCGCUUUGUUGGCCAACUACAGAGAACAUGGCGUGUUCCCGACACAGGGCGCGAGCUCCGUCGGUGGUCUCGUGGGUUUCACUAAUGCUAAACUGGGCUCGAGCAAGACAAGGUUUGAGGGGCUCUGCCUCCUAUCCAUGCUGGUUAAGGACAGCUCAAGUGAUCUGUUCCAGCAGCACUGCCUUUCCUGGCUGCGCUCCCUGCAGCAGGUCAUACAGUCUCAGGCUCCGGUUCAGACCAUCCAGCUUGCAGUGAACAUCCUGAAGGAUGUGCUGCAGUACUCGUCCCAGUUAGCAGAGCUAGCCAGAGAGGUCGGCCUCAACUCCAUCCUCGGCAUCCUCACAUCUUUGCUGGGCCUUAAGACAGAGUGUGAGCUGGCAGCCAUGGAGGGGAUGACAGCCUGUAUGACCUACUACCCCAGAGCCUGUGGAUCCCUCAAGGACAAACUGGGGGCCUAUUUCCUGUCCAAAAUGGACAGUACAAACAAGAAAACACAAGAGAUGGCCUGUCAGUGUUAUGGCUGCCUGCCCUGCCUCGGGGGCCUGUUGGACAGAGGGGUGGGAGCUGGCAGAGCUGAGGGCUGGACCAGUCAGAUUCACUGCCUACUGGCCUCAGCCAAUGGGCAGCUGGCUCAGAUCUACCAGGGUUCAGAAACAGAUGGAACGGUGCAAUAUGAAGGUCCGGGGGUGGAGCUGGCCUUUCCUCAUCUCGACCAAUCAGAUCCCUUGCUGCUGCUGCAGCUCCAGCACAGAUACACAGCUGUGUGCAUGGCACUCAAACAUACACUCAGGGUGGAUCCAGCCUCAGCUGUCCGUCUGCCUGUCAGACCAAUACUCAACCUAGUGUGUCGAGCCCUUGCUGUCAGCUCCAAGAGCAUAAAUUUAACAGGUGAUGGAAGUGUGAGGUUGCUGGUCUUGCCCAUCAUUCAUACGAACACACUGGAGGUCUUAUCAGCUCUCAUUACAGCUGUACGUAGUGGCAUGGUUCAGUAUGCUGCAGUCCUGCAGAGGCUCUUCUCUCAGACCUUGUCUGCAUGGACCCCUGUACCUGAGAGUAGUCUGGGACAGCAGAGAGCCUAUAGCUCAGUGCGAGUGUCAGUGCACAGAACCUUGGAGCUGUGGGUCCAGGUGGCCGGAGCCUCUGCUAGCAUAUUUCAGGGAAGCCCUGGUCACUCAGAGCUCCUGUUUAGCCACCUACUUGGUGACAUCACACCGGGAGCAGAGUCUAUCAAGCUCCGUGCGGGUCUGUCUGCAGAUGCUGUUCCUGGAGGGAAGCCAGGCCCGCGGCGGACAAAACCUUUGGUCAUGGCAGACACAGUCGGGCCAUCACUCCAGAGGAAAGGAGACCUCCUGGCUAAUCAGGAUACUUGCCUUUCAGCCCUGAGGGCGCUGAGACAGAUCAUACUGACCAGUGGUACACUGCUAAAGGAUGACAUACACAAGCGUCUACACGAUGUCGUGCUGCCGCUGUGUGUGCGUCUACAGCAGCAACAGUCGAGCAGCAACACAGUGUGUGAAACUGCAGGCAGCGUCAGUGGGCAGUACAGCAGCGCACUCACCCGACGAGAGCUAUACAGGUUGUUGCUGGCUCUGGUCCUGGUCCCAUCACCCUGUUGGCCUCCACCUCUGACCUGUGCAGUGUCCAUCCUCAGUAACGGAUGCAUCGACCGCAACCUUAAGGUCUCCACAUUCUGUACUGAGUCUCUGACCAUCUGUAACUCCCUCAUCCAUCCCCGCACUCCCUCCAUCACCCUCCCCUUGCCACCCCUCGCCAUGAAACCCACCCCCACUGCUCCAGUCCUUCCCACCUCCCAGGGCCCCACCUCCGGACUCACUUUGCCAGCCCUCCUAGGAGGACCCGCCCCCGGUCCUUCCUUUCCCACCCGCCACUCCCUCGGCCUGGGCCCUGCUUCCCUGCUGGGUUCUCUGGAGAACCACCUCUCCCUGGUUCCAGGAUUGCCGGGCCAGGCUCCUACCCCAGGAGACAUGAUCCUUUCCCCACAUGCACACCACCAGCAGGACCCAGCUGGACUAGGCCUUCCAGAGAGUCAGAGACCUGUGUUUAUACGCUAUGACAGAGAAGAGGCGGACGAUGUGGAGAUCUCGCUAGCCAGUGACUCUGACGACAGCGUGGUCAUCGUUCCUCCUGGGAUGCUCAACAUGGAGAACCAGCAGGAUGAGACGGCAGCAGCAAACUCUCAGAACAUGGCUUCUGCUGCACCAGGAGGCGCUACAGUAACACUACCAGGAGGGGAGUCUGUCACCAUGGUCCCCACCACAUCAACAACAACCACAAUGGACGAGGUCUCGCUCCCCAACGACCUCGCCACCUCCUCCCCCCUACUCACCACCUCCACCACCCCCAUCAACUCCUUUCCUCCCUCCAAUGCUUCGGUUGUCUCCCUGGUACCACCUCUGAGCUCCAGCACACUCACAGCUCCGCCUGGUGGUCUUGGGGACUCCUUGCCUGGCAGACCCCAACUCCAGCAGAUGCUGAUGCAGCCCUCCACCCCUGGCCCUAUCGGUCUCCCACUCCAGAUACACCAGCUGCAGAAUCAACUGAGCCAGCAGGGACGGCACCUCCACCAGCACCAACCACCACCGCCUGCCAACAACGAAGACUCUGGUGUCAUAAACAUCAACAGCACUGAUGAUGAGGAAGAGGAAGACAUGGAAGAUGAUGAGGAACUGGAGGAAGAGGAGGAAGGGAUGGAUGAGGAGGACGAAGAGGAGGAAGUAAGUGAUUUUGCUGAGGAAGAGUUUUAUGAUGGAGAGGAGUAUGAGGAUUAUGAUGAAGAAGAGGGGGAAGAGCUGGAGGAGGAAGAGGAAGAGGAGGAUGGGGAUAUACCUCCACUGGAGGGAGCAGAGGAUAAGGCUGGAGAGGUCGGUAUAGAGGAGGGGAAGAUGCUCCGUGCAGCAGUGGAUGAAGGAGGGAUGGCUGGAUUCAGUGUGGAGGGAGAAACAGAAGGAGGGAUCGAGGAGAUCCAGACCAACAGAGCGCUGUUCAGGGAGGACAGGAUGAAGGUACAGGAGGUCGAGAGCAUUGGUGUCCUAGAGGAGGCGAGGGAGGGGGAGGGGGAAGGGGAGGAGGAUGAAAACGAAAGGAUGGACGACCCCACCAUGCCUCAGAUCCUGUGUGUCACUGGAGGAGCACUGGAGGAGAGAGAGGAGGCCGAGGAGGAGGGAGGGGGAGGAGAAGGAGGGCCACAGGAGGAGGUGAGCUGGGAGGAAGGCGCCAAUGAGACUCAGCCAAAAGUCACCUCAGAAGAAUGCAAAACCGAUGAGCAUCAACAGGAGUCAGGAGCUGAACCUGCGCAGGAAGCCGCUGCGAGCGACAACCAGCCGUCCUGUCAUCAGGAGGGACAGCUAGCAGCUGUUCAAGGAGACGUAACAGCGGCAGAUCCUGAAACCUUGACAGACCAGAAGACAAAAGAGGAAGAGGAGACUGACGCUGAGCAGAGAGACAAAAUAAAGGCAGAGCAGCAGGAGACAGAAGAAGGUCAAGGCAGAGUGAGUGAUGAAGAGGAGGGGAAAGGAGUGAAGAGGAAGAGAGAAGAAGUGCAUAGGGAGGAAGAGGCCGGGCAAAGCACUGAGAAGAAAAAGCUGGAUGAUGAUACCAUGGCCUCCAUGUUGGCGGAUUUUGUCGCCUGUCCACCUGACGAUGAAGACGGUGCCUCCGGAUCAAACCACUCAUAAACAUUGGCCAACCUGAACUGAUGUGAUUGAAGGUUACCAUGGAUACAGUAUAUACUGCUAGGAUACUGUAUUAUUAGAGACAUUUGCAAGGUUUAGUUACCUCAUACAACAGCCCUUGUCUUUGACUCAUCUUCACUGUUGUUUUUCUUUUAAGAACAUUGCCGACUUCAAGCUACAAUUUGUGGGAAUAUUUUGGGGAAGGGCAGUCUAGUGUCACAUGACCCAGCUUGUAUGUGGCCUGAACUAGUCUUACAUGGAUGGAAAGAAGCAGGACAUUCUUCAGUUUCAAGUCCAGCUGCCAGCAGGGAGCCGCUGUGAAACGUGUUACCUAGAACGCUGUAGAACACUCUGUUCUACAAUUAUGUGGUUCUCUUGGAUUUCUACGUAUCUUUUACUCUGUAUGUUUUGUCAUCACUGUUGUAUGCUUUGUUAUAAAAAAGUAAAAAUCAAAGUUACAUACA